CGGCCCAGCCUGAAGCCAGCAGAGCGGAAGGUUCUUCGGUGGCGACGCGGGCGCUCCGGUGGCCCUCCGUCGCGACUUGGCCCCGGUGGCGUCCAGUUGCGCUCGGAGCGCGCCCUGGUGGCGAGUGUGGCAACCGGUAGCAGCGGUGGAUUCGGUUAGCACGACGAGCACGCGAGCUUCAACGUCCGCGGAGAUCUCCGUCUGCGUCGAAUUCCGGGCAUCGGACUUCACUCCCGCAGCGCUGCUCUGCUUCGACAUCCGGCAGAAGUUUCAUCGAGGGAAAGAAAAUGCAGAGACGGAGCAUGAAAAGGUCCAAGUCGAGCCAGGAAGCCAGUACGUCUGGCCCCCCGUCGGACACCCCGCUCGAGUUCGGCACUUCACACGAGUCGAGCUCUUUUCUGAAGUCGGGCAUUCCACCAGAACCAAGCACUUGUCUGCAGUCUUUCCCUUCGCUGGAGUCGCUGCCCCGCGAACUGCUGCUGGCGGUGCUGGCCUACGUGCCCACCGAGCAGUUGCUGCCCUUGCGGCUGCUGGGCCGUCGCUGGAAGACGCUCAUCCUGGAGGAGCCGCUGUGGCGCCACCGCCGCCUGGACGUCCCCGAGUGUAUCAACGAGAGGCCCUACGCAGCCAUCCUACGCCUCGCCCCGGCCCUGGACACGCUGAAGCUGGAGACGGGAUAUCCGACAAGUACUCAAGGAAUCGUUUAUCUCAAGGCACUUGCUGAAGGAAAAUGCAAGAUUCGCUUCCUGCAUUUUGCCUUUGGAGUUAGUUCGGUGUCCAAUAAGUUGAUAUCCAAGGUACUCUCGUGUCGUACCUCCUCACUACAGCAACUGAACAUGUCACUUAAUGGUUGUGUGCGUUUCAGUAAUCUUGUGCCGGCAUUGGAUGCCAUUGACGCUUUAAAGGAACUGAAAACGUUAACACUCACUGUUGUUCGGGGCUUAAGUCACGGUUUUGCCUUCAAGUGUCUUCGCCUGACGAAUCUAGACAUCUCAAUGUUUCUGAGCGUUGAUAUGGCCCGUAAUCUCAUCCACCUGGGAAGAAACACACUGACCGCGAUCAAAUGCGAUAUGGGCGUGACUAACAAGCUGAAGGCGGAUUUGGUACUAUGCAAGAAUGUCACUCAUCUAACAGUCACCUCGCCAUUUGACGGGCUCGAUGAAGUUGUCCCUCAACUGCCUUCCCUGCAGUACGUAACGAUUCAGGAGCAUUUUCGUAUUACGCCGCCCACGAUGGAAUGGCUGCAGUGGGCCCACUCUAACUUUUCCGGGAAGGUCCAUUUCGUCAUGCUAAAUUUCUGUACUUAUGAUAAACAUUUGAUUUUGUCGGACAGCCUACGCAACGUACACAGUGUGACGCUUAAUAUAAACGGCUUCUCGGCGAUACAGCCAGAGCCCUUAGCACAAUUCCUGAAGUCCCUGACCGCAGUGGAGCAACUUGUGCUGAAUUUCGGGACAGACAUUCAGCGCUUGCUGUUCAGCUGGCCAGCCUCGUCUGUUCCUCGACUCCAAUGCCUCUCCAUCCGUGCAAGAGACCAAAGGGACCAAUCUUCUCUCCGGAUAUUGACGCAGGCCUUUAAAAUUUGGCGUCCUAGCAUGCAGUUGAAGUUCCUUUAACUCCUUUCAGUAAUCCAAUACUCAUGU